AUGAUCGUUACAUUUUCUCAACCAAUCAAGAUACUCGAAGUAUGGCAGGCGAAGAUACAGAUGCAAAACAAACAGAAUACCGUAUUUGUGUUAGAAAACCAGUCGUGGAAUACACUUCUUGAAGAAGGAAAGAAAUUUGAGUUCAACUUUAAGGCAACGAAAAGAGGCCGUGGAAACCCACAUGUGGUGGAAGUCGCUGUUGGGCGCACAGAGCACUUGAAGGGAUUGUCUUGCUGAAAUUAACUAAACGUUGCAGUCAUAUCAGUUUGCAGUUACAGGUGAUGGCAUAUGUUUAAGUUUUUCCCUCGAAAUAUCGGUUAUUUUGUAUUGGGACUAUUUGUUUUAAAGUUGAUGCAUUGAUUGUUCAUAAUGAUUAACAGAGUUUCAAUUUUGUCGUCAUCAAAAUUGAUAGGUGAAGAAAGAGCAAAUAAAUAAAAGUAAAAUUGAACGAAUAAUAGGGAUGAAAUAGUAAUUAAAGGGAGUUUCCUUAAAUUUUAAUAAAAAUACCAAAUGUAUAAUUAACUGCAUCAAUGUUCAAGAAUCGGGAGUAAAUGAAAGAAUACCGAGGCCGGAAUAAAAGUGCAAAUAGAUAAAUGUAUGAAGAAAUGUAUGUUUGAACCUUAUGCCUAUAAAUUGUACGCCUUUGCUUUUCCACCGUGAUCACUGUUUUUUAACUUUUUUCAUAUAUAUUUUCAUUUACUUAUUUUUUUUCUAACAGUAAUAAGUUGACUUGAACAAUCCGAAAAUUUUGAACCGUCUUAACAAUAUAUAGAUAAACUUCUGGCAACAUUUGUCGUAAACUUUUGACAAAAAACUCAACCCCUAUUUUAGAAGAAAGUGGAAUCCUACAUUUAACAAGAAUAUUUUCCACCAAAUUUUAGAGAGUUUGAAUUGAUGAAGCUCUGAUCCUUCAUAUAUCGGAGUCCAAUCCAUCAUUAAAUAAAAACAUUCAAUGCUUUUUCACAAAAACGAAAACCGAUUUCACACGGAUUUCUUUUUGGUUUUUUUUCUUUUGGCUUUUUAAAACGUUUGACUCUUUAUUUGUGUUAAUGCACACUCGUAGCAAAGAUGCCAGAAAGCAAUAUCAAUGAUGUAAAAUUGAAAAUUUAUCGAAAAGAACAGUCUCAUCGUAAAAGCAGGUAUUCGAGUGGGAAGGAUUAAUUUAAAAAAAAGCUCUUGCUGAGUCUGUUACUCCUGUCCUACGAGGCGCGGCGAUCUGGCAUGCGUCCACGUAACAACCGAGUCAUGUUAGAAAGGACUCGGCACUAAGCGACAACAUGCAGAACGGCUGGCGGAGGCAAAACUGAAGGAUGGUAACGAGCACGCGAUUACUGCAUAUUUUAAGGACUUAAUGCUUUUUACCAACCAGAAUUAGAGCUGAUUUCAAUUCUAAAAUCAUUCCGUGAUCUAUGAGUCUUUCCCAUCGGUUCCUGUGUAAAAACUGGAUCUACAUACGACCACAUACGUUCAACUAAGACAACGAAUUAGUCUAGUUUCAACAUAGCAAACAAGAUGUUCAUGCAAAUUGCUUCUCGAUAUGGAAGAUUUACGACAAAAAUAUGGCGGUUAAAGAUAUUGAUUUCAACCACACUUGCUUUUUUAUGUAUUAAAAGAUAAUCAUGAAAAACAACACAGCAAGCCGAUUAUGGACGCCAAAGGAGGUAAACCAAUGCGAAUUGAAAAAAAAAAGGCAGUAAUAAGUUAGUAAACGUCAAUCGGGUGGAUGGAUGGAUGGAUGGAAGGGAGUAUGGCCAAAUAAAUGAGUAGAUUAGAGACUUUAUUCAAAUACUCUUUGGUGCAUACUGAACAAGUAGACAUAGUACCGUCGCAAAAAAUUUCUUCAAGCUCUUUCUCGCUUCCUAUAGCCAUCCCAUGAUUUCAUUUUGCCAAAGGUUUACAUAAGCGUGUUGUAUGUCAGUUGCGUAGAUGUAUAAAAGCUCUGGGAGUGGACGUGCUGUGUUUGUCAAACUGCCGAAGAAGACAUUGAACACUGCACAAUAUGAAAACUCUGUCAUUAACAACACAAACGAAAUAUUGAAGCCAAUUUGUGAAUAGAAUGCCUAUUACGAUUGUAGUGGCAGAUGUCUAAACAUCUUUUGACGAAUUCCAAUAACUUAUUUGUUGAGCUGCGCUAUCGUUGGGGAGUUGUGACAAUGAGGUAUUGGAAUUAAAUGCUGAGGGUACAUAUAACCCGGUGGAAUACGUGCCACCAACCAAUUCAGGGUCCGUUCAACAACUAAUUGUGAGAAGGUGAGUGCCUCUGUUUGGUAUGAAUAGUAAUUUAAAAAGAAAAUGUUGCGCUUUCAUAUGAAUGUUGCGAAAAAAAGAGAGAAAAACAUUAAGUUCUUUCAAGCCGAUGAAAUGAUAUAAAUUCAGUGAGACGCAGGAGAGGAGUACUUGAUUUUGAAACUGGUCUAGAUCUGAUAAUGUAAUCAAUGCUCUACAUUCUUAUGAUUUAAUUACAAUUUUAAGAUUUUUUAUCACCAAUGGCAGUUUGAAAAUUUUGGUUUACGUUCACAUUGUAUUUUACUUCGCCUGCCUUUUAAACAAUUCAUGUCACAAAUUGUUGAAUGGCUGACUCGCACAUGGAGUGACACGGAAAUCAUUACUUAAUUCUAUGGCAGAAUAUAUAUAGCUCUAUAAUAUAUAUAGAGUGUUUUUAUAACCUAUCCGCAAUCAAGAAUUUUUAUGUUUCUAGUUCCUGUUAAGCAACACGCGGUUCAUUUUAAUCCAAAAAGUUUCUUAUAACAAUAUCGCACACGGUCAAUUCUAAUAACUAUAUAUUCUUGCGGCAUUAUUAAGUGGCUAACUUUGAUAACAAUGAGCUUUGUUAAACGAUCUGAAAAUGAUCGAUCCUAUAUUCACAAAGCUUAGUGUAAACUUCAGUUUAUACAACAACAUUGCGCAGAAAGAAAUCAAGUCUUCCUGAAGCAAUGAAUAAUACUCCAUGUAAAGUGAAUAGAGUCUGAAAGUGGACUAAUACAUCUAAAGUCAACUGCACGCUCAAUCUACGACAUUUCCGCUGCGCUUCUAACUAAAAUGAGUGUUUCCCAAUUAAAAUUUUGUGAAUGUCUGAAGCAAACCGCAUCAGUUCCGUCGCUUUUCUGGUAUAUCGCUUAGCAAUCAAGUCAAAAAAGGAAAAAACCGACUCUUACUUUUCAAACAAGGGAAAAGAAAAACUGAGGCUAAUUUAGGCGCAUAUCAAUGCGGCUAAUGCAAUACUUAAUCGUUGAAGUGUCUUUCGUGAUGUGACAUAUUUAAUAACUUGGGCAGCGUUCACUUCUCUGACUAUAAGUCAAGUUGGCAUUUUUCGUUCAAAUUUCGUUCAUUUGUUGAUAGAUAUUCACACCAUGUCGUUGUUACGCUCGGUUAUUCCGCUGUCGAUUCUUGUGCUGCUUCACGCUCCUAAAGCAUUCGGUGAACAAGCUAAAACCGUGGUUGUUGACAAAUGGUACGACGGAUUCAAGGGAUUAAUUACUCUGGACCUCACGGAUGAUGUUACCUCUGGGUGGACCUUGACUUUGUCUUUUCCAGUUCCCACUCCGAAUUUGGAAAUUUGGCGAGCAGAGAUAGUUGACAACCAAGGCGAUAAAGUAUAUAGAAUGAAGAAUAUGCCAUGGAAUACACAAAUAUCUAAAGGAACCUUCAAGUUGUAUUUCAUCGCCAAAAAGUCUGACGUAACAAAGGAUCCUCCUAUUGGCGCCGUCAUGUUUAGUCGCGGUGCACCAAUAACCAACCAACCGCCCACUGCUAGCCCGAGUCCUCCUCCGCCAGCGACGAAACCGCCCAGUUCAUCUCCUGGCCCUGACACCACUCGACCUACGCAGCCGCCGCAAACCACUGCACCUCCUUCGCUAACACAAUCGCCGUCUCGGGGGCCCGGAAAGUAUGACUACAGUGAAGUGCUGAAACUUUCCAUCUUGUUCUACGAAGCUCAGCGAUCUGGCAAGCUUCCACCUAACAACCGAGUCAAGUGGAGAAAGGACUCGGCACUAGGUGACAAAGGGCCGAACGGUGAAGACUUAACCGGUGGAUGGUAUGACGCGGGUGAUUACGUUAAGUUUGGUUUUCCGAUGGCAUCAUCUGUCACAGUGUUAGCCUGGGGUAUUGUGGAAUACAAGGAGGCUUAUGUAGCUGCUGGCCAGUACAGCAACGUGUUAGAUAGCAUCAAGUGGGCCACGGACUAUUUCAUAAAAGCUCACACCAAAAAAGAAGAAUUCUAUGGUCAGGUAAUACGGUUAACAGCUAUACUUGUUUUUGCAUUUUCCUUCUAGAUAACUUACCCAAAAGUUAAGUGUAAUAACUGAAUCGCUUUGGCGAAGGGGUAAAGCUCGAAAUGUCAGCUCUAGAAACUCUUAACGGUGGUCGAUCACUUAGCACUACAAAUUCUUAGAAACCUACCCUGUUUAUUCAUUUGUAUUAAUGUUUGCCUAAUCUUCGUCUAAUGUAGAUUUAAGAAACUGAUAUCUUACCGCCACCUCACAGUAUCUCUCUCGUUGCCAUAUUUUUAGUGCUGGGUUACUGGCAAGAAACUAAUCAUCGACAGAUAUAUGUGAGAAUAAUAUAGUUUUUUGACUCAUCAGAAAAAAUGCUGAAAGUUGUCUUUUGAACGUGAAAUCUUUAUGAAUAAAUUAGGUUGGAGAUGGAGACCUUGACCACGCUUUUUGGGGCAGACCUGAAGACAUGACCAUGAGGCGACCCGCCUGGAAGAUCACUCCACAAAAUCCUGGAUCCGAUCUCGCAGCUGAAACUGCAGCAGCACUGGCCGCUGCAUCGAUUGCCUUCAAAGCUCAAAAUACUCGGUAAGUUGUAGACAAGGAAAAAUGCCUACAACUCUUGGUAUAUCGUAACUUCAGCUAAAUUAUUAUACCGACAGUAUCCGUCCUUUUAAUUCCCUCUCCCGCUUUCGAAACUGAGCAUAUCCCGGUCUUGCCUUCCUAUUUUCAUCCUGCAUCUCGCCUUUGGAAUUUUUCGUAACCCACAUCCCACUUCGAUUUUAAGCCUCAUCCCGCAUCCCGCCAAACCUGUGUUGGACCCUCAUACCAGUCGUACUCAACAUAAAUGGUCUCUCCGGUAAUAUUGCUUUAUGUUUCACAACUUUUACUUAACUGCUCUGAAAUAAACUUGGUACUUGGGUCCCCAGAAAACGAACCAGAAGCUGCCUUCGAUUCUCACGAACAUCUUUAUGCUGGUUGACUACUAACUUUUGAGACAAUUUGAUUUUCAGUGCCUCUAAGAAGUAUGCUAGGAAACUUUUAACGCACUCAAAGCAACUGUACGCGUUUUCAGACAAGUAUCGUGGAGUAUACAGUGAUUCCAUUCCCAACGCAGGGAAAUUCUACAAAUCCUACAGCGGGUUUCAGGACGAGUUAGUGUGGGGUGCAGCUUGGUUGUACAGAGCGACAAAGGAGUCUUCAUAUCUUGUGAAGGCUGAGAAGUACUUUAAGGAUUAUGGGAUGGAUGGUCAGGUAUGUUGAGAGUUAUAGGUCUUCUGAGAUACAAUUAUGCUUAAGGGAAUUUUUGUGAAACACAAGACUACAAAUCGUUGUAAAUCAUAAUUCAGUUCUGUCUUUUCUUCUCGCGUCAUGCCUUCACAUCCUGACUAAGAUUGGACGAUCUUACUUUUUCCCUUUACAUGCGAUUGUCGAUAGUACAAAGGAAAAUGUUUUGAGACUUUUUGUCCACACAAUGCGCUUCAAGGCUUUGGUAUCUUUAUCAAAAAAGUAUAACGCUCACAGAUAAGUGCGGUGCUUAGAGAUGAAAAAAUCUAAAAGUGGCUUGCUAAAUGCGAAGUUUGCUGGUUUUUUAAAUUUUUUCCCUUCUAUUAUUGCAGGUAUAGGCUUUUUUAUCAACCACACGUAAAAGGCUCUUUCACAUUAAAAUUAAAAUUUAAUCCCUCUUUUUCUCCCUUACAGGCCUGGGCAUUUUCUUGGGACGAUAAAAAAGCCGGGGUACAGUUGCUGCUCGCUCAGUUGACGAAAAAAGAAUCCUACAAAAACGCCAUUAAAGCAUCUCUCGACAACUGGCUUCCCGGAGGUAGUGUCCGUUACACUCCCAAGGGCCUUGCAUGGCGUAUCAAAUGGGGCUCGAACCGAUAUGCAGCCAAUACAGCUUUCCUGGCGCUGGUUGCCGCUGAUCAGGGUCUAAAGCGAACAGCUUAUCGCAAUUUCGCAAAGAAACAAAUUAAUUACAUGCUUGGAGACAGUGGACGCAGCUUCGUGGUUGGGUUCGGAAAAAAUCCACCACGAAGACCACAUCACAGCUCCAGCUCCUGCCCGUCCGCUCCACAGCCAUGCGGUUGGGAUAACUUCAACGCGGAUAUACCCAAUGCGCAUGUUCUAAAAGGUGCAUUAGUUGGGGGUCCCGACGAGAAUGACAACUACAAGGACGACAGAAAAGACUACGUCAUGAAUGAAGUCACUACUGACUACAACGCUGGUUUCCAGUCUUCUGUCGCGGGUCUAAAACAGCUGGAGCUGUAAUAGUCCAACGGAAAUAUGAAGUUUUUUCAAAGAGCUUAAGACUUAAGAAGUCUUUUUUUUUCAUGCUGUUUGUAGUUGUGCCUGAAAUACUUCAAUAAAAUAUCCUAAAUGAUUACGAAGUUCACUCGUAAAUGACACUAGCAAUUAACACCAUCCUUUCAUUAUGAAAACGCAAUUUAAAAAGAGAUUUUUACAAUAUUAAAAGUUGCCUGAAUAUUUACUUAUCUCGUCUACGGUACAAUGAAACUCCACGUCUACGAUAAAGUUCUAGAAAGAAAAGUACGCCGGAAGCGAUAUAUCAAGCGUCUCACGAAGUAAUACGUUAGAUCAGCUGUCGGCGGUGGAUACGGCAAACUUAUGAAACUAAGAGUGCAAUAACAUUUGUUUUAAUUUUCGAAAGGGCUACUGGUGGCACAGUCUCCUGAGGUUAAUGGCUUUCUGAGGUAGGACACAAACUCAAGGUAGCAAAUAAUCUUUUAUUUUCAAACUAAAGAAAAGAGCUUUUCUGAUCUACUCUGCUCUGAACUAUUAAGAAAACGAAGCAACUUUAGAUUCGACGGGCUGAUAAGAAUAUUGGAAAAAAAAUUAUUAUUUCUUCCCCGAAAAAAAUAGGGAAUGAAGGAAUUGCGACGUAACACAAAUUCGACUGUCGGGGGGAUUCAACGCGAUAAAGAAGUGAUCCAUUUAGACUAUGAAUUCAAAUCGAAGCAUCAACGUAUGGGAGAUCUCUAACAAAAUUUCUUCAGACGAGCCAGUGUUUCUAUAUUUUGCCCAUCAGACCAAGAAAGGCUGCAGUUAAGGCUUGCACCUAAGAAUAACUGCGAGCCAACUCUUUUUUUAUUGUCAUACUUUUUGGGAGUUAAAAGGUUGACAAAUAAUGAAAUGAUCCUCUUAUGCGAGCUUUCAAUUACAGAAGCCAGAAAAAUUCAGGCUUCCGCUGGGUUCAGACGCUUCUCGGAUAUAAAUUAGGCACAAAGCCCUCAGGUAUUAAUUAUCUGCGCCAGAGAAGCUACAUGAUGAGAGUGAGUAGAUUCCCUCUUCACCCGUUGUGAGUUAAUUCAGUAAUUUACAUGUUGCACACUUUUUUAUUAACCGAGGCUUGAGUUGAGUAUUGUGACGAACAGUUCUAUUUCAGCGUAUUAUCAAAGUUGGAUAGAUCAACUAAGAGAAAGUGACAGUAUAAAUAGUAAAUCUAAAGAAAAAGAACAUCGGUCGCCAUUAAAGACCAAUAAAAGCUAGUUUUUAGAUAAAGGAUGUCCAGCCGGUUAUUUACUUUUGUUCGAAAAAAAACUCCAGGUUUAGGAAGAUAACUCCCAAUUCAAAUAUAUCGCCGGGUGCUUCUUGAACCUUCCCGCUUCCGUUAUUUCAUGCCACCCUCUUCCCAGCCAAGACUUCUGUGCCUCCUUUGAGUGGAAGUUUUCCAUAACUUUUGUGAUGCAAAUAAUGGCUUAUGCAGCUGUCUUGAAUCAGGUGCAGAUGUUAAAGAAGUUUGUAACCCUGUGUGUAAACCCUCUUAAUAAGCCGAAUAAAAGAUGCACUCUUUUGAAUUGCCCCAGCUUGGUUCCUGGCCCAGAGGCAAGAAACCCGAGCUAAGCAACAUCCCAAUCCUCUUAGCUGCCAAAGUAGUACAACACCACCUAAACAGCUUUAAUUUCUUUCGUUUCACAGCAUUUUUAACAUUUCGUCGUAACUUUGUAAUCUUCAAAUCUGUCGGAAUUAUCACGAUAUAAAAUAUAACUCAAAACUAUAUAUCUUCAAAAGGCGGAGGAAGAUGUAGUGAGAACUAUUUCUAGGGUCCUCAAAUACAGUGAAUAUACAUCAAAUCUCUUCACGAACAAAAAGGCAACUGCUGUUUAUGUCAUCAACUUCAGCAUAUCUGCGAUUCUCAUGCCGUAAGCUCACUUUUCAUCCACAGAGCUGUAUUAUGAGCAUUAUGGGACGAAUCUCGUUGUCAUCGUGUCUGCUGUUCUUUCUGCUCUUCGCACGCCACACCUGUGCAGAACAGUCCCGCAUUACUGUUGUCAGUGAGUGGAACACAGGCUUCACCGCCAAAUUCACCUUCAGACUACAGUCCAAGGUUACUGACGGUUGGAUCAUCACCUUGACUUUCAGUAAACCAGCACUGAAACUCCAGACAUGGAUUGGUGAUAUAAAGUCUGUGUCUCCAGACCGCAAGCGCUACGUGAUUACCAACAAACCGUGGCAAAAACAACUGAAUGCUGGCUAUGAGCUAUCUACUGAAAUCGUUUUAACUAAGCCUGUUGCGAACUCACCAGCUCCUGGCGGUGUGGCCUUAUUCCAGAGGCUUGGUGCUGGCGCUGGGGGAGGAGCUGGAGGAGGCAACGCUGGUGGUGGCGGAGGGGGACACACAGGCGGUGGGGGUGGUGUGAUAGCCAAACCGACUGCACCUCCAGCCCCAGGUCCGUUCAAUUACAACGAGGUCCUCCGCAAGUCCAUUCUGUUCUAUGAAGCACAGCGAGCUGGACGUCUUCCCGCCACAAACCGAAUCCCUUGGAGAAAAAGCGCGACUCUUCGGGACGGUGCAGAUGUUGGAGUGGAUCUUAGUGGUGGUUGGUUUGACGCAGGAGAUUUCGUCAAGUUUGGUUUCCCUAUGGCUUCAAGUGUAACAGUGCUAACCUGGGGUUUGUUGAACUAUAAAGAAGCUUAUAUUGCAGCUGGGGAACUGAAAAGCAUGUUGGACUGUAUUAAAUGGCCAUUGGACUAUUUCAUGAAAGCGCACACCUCUAAGUUUGAGCUUUACGUACAGGUGAGAACGAGACAUUUUAAUUUUUUAAGAAGAGUAGAAUGGAUUGCAUCAUCUACGCGUGAACUUCUGAAGGGGAUUUCACCCAAAAUUUGGGGAACACGACAUUUGUUGCAAAGACUAUAUGGUUUGAUGGUAUUACAUGGUAUGCCGUAUAUUGAUGUCCAGAAUUUCCUUUUAAUCAAAAUUCAUAUACAUGUAAUUACCUUAACUUGGAUCGAACUCUCAGCAUGAGGAGCCGAUCCAUUGGCAAGCCCACUGUUUGUGGAGGUUGGUUUAGGCUUUGAUCUGAAACCAUAACCUGUUCCACGAUUAUUUUGUUUUUGUACGAUUUCUUUACUUUUUAAAUUGCUUGGCUGUUAUCUUGCUUUGUUUCUUUUGUUUCGUUUGAUUGUUUUGUUUUAUUGUUGUUAUCAUUCUGGUCUGCGAGCGUGUUAUUUCGUGGCUAUCAAUUAACUUAUGAAGAAUCGUUAUACACUUUUGAUCCCUUCUACUCUUUUUUCCCCCUUACAGGUUGGGGAUGGUGUUAAAGACCACGAAUAUUGGGGCAGACCAGAAGACAUGCAUAUGGCCAGACCUGCUCUGAAGAUCACAGCUCAGAGGCCUGGAUCUGACGUUGCUGCCGAAACAGCCGCUGCCUUAGCCGCGGGCGCUAUAGCUUUCCGGAAGUCUAAUCCAACUUAUUCUAACCAGUUAUUGGCGCAUGCUAAGGGGCUUUACGAAUUCGCAAGAACUUACCUCGGGAAGUACAGUGAUUCUAUACCCAGGGCUGCAAAAUUCUACAAGUCUGGUGGUUAUAAAGACGAACUAGUGUGGGGAGCUGCUUGGCUUUACAGGUAAUCCACAUUGAAGUCAAUGAAGAACAUAGUAUAAACAAGAAAAUCAAAUUAAGUUCAUCCUAUGGUCAGGAAAUUAGAGACCUUUGACUCUUGAAAUAUUGAGAUGAAGAGAGCUUUAUUGAUACUAAGCGAUUAAGUUUUUUAACUUAUUUUUUACAAGUUGUUCUCACUUUCAGAGCUACACGCGAUAGGAAGUAUCUUACCUUGGCGGAGUCCCUUUAUAAAAAGUAUUACCUCAGUUCAUCUUGGGCUUUUUCCUGGGAUGACAAGACUGCUGCAGUACAGAUGCUUCUGUAUGGACUGACGAAGAAGCCGCAGUAUAAGCUGGCCAUUCAGAAGUACCUUGCAAACUGGUUGCCUGGUAAAACUAAUUUUCGAUCUCACAUAGUAUCCUGAAACUUACAGACUCUUAACAAUAUAAGCUUAGAAGUAGCUCUGCUCACCAAAUUUGAAGAUAAACUUUGCAAGUCUCAUAUAACGUAACCCUUUAACUCCCAAGAAGGAAGCGAUAAUUUCUCCGCCCAAUAUCAAUACAAUAUCAUGCAUAGAAGUGAUGAGAAUAAAGAAAAAACAUCAGUAAGGGGAUUAUUAACUGAUCCAAUACCAUAUUCUCCGAAUUGAUAUCAUGAGAAUCGUAUGGCAGAAAGUAAGGAGAAUAACUAAUGAGAUCUUGGGAGUUAAGGGCUUAAGUUCCUCCAAAAAUGUUUUAAAUAUACGAAUAAUUCCUCCAUGACAUUAGGUUUUUUCAUUUAUAGUUUUUAUUUUGAUUUGUUGUUUUUGUUGUUGUUUUUAUUUUUCCAACCAUUUUUUGAGUUAUCUCAGGACCCUUUUGGAGAAGUGUCUAGCUAUUACAAUCAACACACUGGGGGCUUGUAUGCCGUUUUCUUCAGUAUGGGUCAGGCCUACCAAAUAAUCUAUGCGUUAAACGUUCACCGUUCGGUCGCAAAACCUUAAAUGAUAUAUGAAUGAUAUAAUCUCUGAAAUCUUUUAAUUUAACGCCGUUCGCUUGUCUUCUUUAAAUCCACAAGAAGCGCUUAUAAGAAUUUGUUUCUGAACAAUACAAAAGGUGGUUCCCUUAAACGCACUCCAAAAGGCCUUGUUUUCCGUGAUGCCUGGGGAGCAAACCGAUUCGCCGCCAACACGGCCUUCCUAGCACUGCUAGCCGCUGACCAGGGUCUCAACCCGACCACGUAUCGUCAAUUUGCAAGAAAGCAGAUCCACUACAUGCUUGGCGACAGUGGACGCAGUUAUGUGGUUGGAUUUGGGAAGAAUCCUCCCCAAAGACCUCACCACCGCUCCAGCAGCUGUCCUUCAGCCCCUGCCCGAUGUGACUGGGGAAACUAUCACAACUCUGGUCCUAACGCGCAUGUGCUGCCUGGUGCCUUAGUUGGUGGGCCUGAUCGUUAUGACAACUUCAAAGACGAUAGAACAGAGGUAAAGUACUCCGAGGUGGCUACCGAUUACAACGCUGGGUUCCAGUCUGCCGUGGCUGGGCUGAGGCGUCUGCAGUUGUAA